AGGAAACGAAAAGGAAGGGGGCUGGAAGUUUCGCCGUCCGGAACGACUGAUAGGCGCACACACACAGGGAGGCGGGGGAAGGGGAAGCUAUAAAGCGGCGGACCGGCCGGCGAUCGUGACCCAGAAGCAGUCGGUUGGCGGGAUCGGAGACACACGCCUGGGGACAGGAUGUCGACGUCGCAGAAGCACCGCGACUUCGUGGCUGAGCCCAUGGGCGAGAAGUCGGUGAAGUGCCUGGCGGGGAUCGGCGAGGCCCUCGGCCAGAGGCUGGAGGAUCAGGGAUUUGACAAGGCGUACGUGGUUCUGGGCCAGUUUCUGGUGCUGAAGAAGGACGAGGAGCUGUUCAAGGAGUGGCUGAAAGACACCUGCCAGGCCAAUUCCAAGCAAAGCAGCGACUGCCACACCUGCCUGCGGGAGUGGUGCGACGCCUUCCUGUAAUCUCUCCCCCCUGACCCCCAGCAGCAGCGUUCCCCCCCCCACCCCCUCCUCCUCAGAGUGAAAUCGGCCCACCCUGCUCCUUUGGUUCGGUCCUUGUGCUCCCUUAACUACUGAAGCCACUAGGAGGGCCGGGCUGUGAACCGGAGAGCACGGGAAGGGUUGCCCUCUUCCCCUGCCACUACUCAUCACACCCUCCUGAGCCAAGACGUUGGAUAUUCUUAGCGUGAGGUUUUUUUUUCAAACCUUCCCCCCUCCCCUCCACUCCCCCGGUGCUCAUGAAAAUGAGUAAUCUGCCCUGUGACGGGCCGCACACAGUGAGGCUUUCAUUUCGAUUGUGUCACGAACCACUUCUCUGUCUCUCUCUGCAUGAAGGUCCAUGCCGGACGCCACACCGCGUUCUGAGCUGGGACUCUCAUUAUUUCAAGCCCGCCAUACUCCUUCCCGUUCCCAUAACUUUGAGCUGAGUGUUGAGACUCAACUUCACUGUAGAAAUUGUUAUUAAAUUUUAUAUGAAUAAAUAAUUGUGUGUUUGGCA